AUAGAAUCCGCGAACAACGUUAUCGAAAGCAACUUAUAAAUUUUGACGUUUUCUGACAAAUGACAGACACAUGUUUUUUCUAUCUUUUGGAUCUUUUGAGAGAAUAUUACAUUAUUUUUAUAUAUCAUGUUUUUUACGUAUUGCAAAAUACAAACACACACUUUUAUUUAUAAUGUUUGGAAAUAGUUCAUAUUGAAGUUACCAUCAUUGUUAUGGAGUAUUCAUAUUUUUAAACCGGUCUCAGUAUGUCUGAUACAGAAGAAAACAUAGACGAAAAACCGUUUGUAAUUGAAAGAGCAAAGCAAGGACGUGCAGUAUGUAAAAAAUGUAAGCAAAAAUGUUUACAAGGAGAAUGGCGUUUGGCUAAAUUAGUAAGCAAUCCUUUUGGAGCUGGGAAAAUGAAAGCAUGGCAUCACAUAAACUGUUUAUUUGAAGUAUUCUUAAAACAACGAAAAACAACUAAGAGAAUUGAAGGUCCAGAAGAUAUAGAUGGUUGGGAUAUUUUGGAUAAAGAUAUACAAAAAGAUAUUUGUAGAUUAAUUGAAGAAUGUGACAAAUUUCAUGGCAAGCCAUCAAAUUCACCUAAAAAACAGCAAAAGUACCGAAAUAUUCCCAAACAAGAAGAAGUUGUAGAUUGUGUAAAAGAUUCAGUGAGUGUUAGUCCAAGUAAGCAUAGUAAAAAUAAAACACAGUCAUUCAAAGAAUUCAGAAAAUUGAUAGCUGAGAUUAGUAACACUGACAGUUAUCUUGAUAAAACAAAUUGUGUUAAAUUAACAUUUGAUAAAAAUUUCCAAAAGGAAGAUAUAAUUCUUUGGUGUAGAUUAUUGCUACCGGGAGUAGUUAAGAGGGUUUAUAAUUUACAAAGUAAACAGCUGGUUAAAUUAUUUAGCAGAUUAUUCAUAGCCGAUCAAACUGAAAUGUUGGAACACUUAGAACAAGGCGACAUAGGAGAAACAAUUCAAACUUUUUUUGAAAAAAGUAUUAAACUACAACCAGCAAAGAAGAGUUUGUUAACUGUAACUGAGGUGGACGUUUUUCUGAAUAAACUAUCUGUUCUCACUCGCGAAGAAGAUCAAAUUGAUUUGUUCAAAUGUUUUAUACCAAAAUGUACAUCUAAUGACUUGAAAAUUGUAAUCAGACUGAUUAAAGGGGAUUUGAGGAUGGGGGCUGGUGCAAAACACAUUUUGGAUGCCAUAGAUAGUGAUGCUUAUGAAUCUUAUCAGACUUCCAGGGAUUUAGCCUUGGUAAUCAAUAAAUGUUUAAUAAAAAAUACCAAUAGUAAGAAGGGGAACACAGCAGAUGUCUUGAUUAUGACUCCUGUUUUACCAAUGCUAGCAGAAGCUUGCAAAUCUGUAGAUUAUGCCAUUAAAAAGUGUCCACAUGGUAUGUAUUCGGAAAUUAAAUAUGAUGGAGAAAGAGUGCAGGUACAUAAACGUGGAUCUGAAUAUAAAUAUUUCUCUCGCGCUCUAAAACCAGUAUUACCUCAUAAAAUAGCACAUUUUAAGGAUUAUAUACCGAAAGCAUUUCCUAAUGCAAAUGAUUUAAUUUUGGACAGUGAGAUUCUAAUGAUGGAUACAGUGAAUGGAAAGCCUCUACCAUUCGGUACUUUGGGAGUUCAUAAAAAAACUGAAUUCAAAGAUGCUACUGUAUGUCUAUUUGUUUUUGACUGCAUAUAUUUCAAUGGAGAAAGUUUGAUUAACAAACCUCUUAAUGUAAGGAAAAAAAUUUUGCAUGAAAAUAUGUUGGAGAUACCUAACCAUAUAAUGUUUUCGGAAAUGCAAGAAAUUCACAAGAAAAAUGAUUUAGCCAAAAUGAUAGCAAAAGUAUUGAAAUUAGGCUUGGAAGGUUUAGUACUGAAAGAUACUGAAAGUAUAUAUGAACCAGGAAAGCGUCAUUGGUUAAAAGUUAAAAAGGACUAUUUAUUUGAUGGCAAGAUGGCAGAUAGUGCAGAUCUGAUAGUCUUAGGUGCUUGGUAUGGUACUGGUAAAAAGGGAGGCAUGAUGUCAGUUUUUCUUAUGGGUUGCUACCACCCAGAAAAAAAAAAUUUUUGUACAGUCACAAAAGUUCACACGGGACAUGAUGACAAAACUUUAGAACAACUUCAAACUGAAUUAGAUAUGAUUAAAAUUAGUCAAGAUCCUAAUAAAGUUCCAAGAUGGUUGAAAUGCACAAAAACUAUGAUUCCGGACUUUGUAGCCAAGGAUCCUAAAAAACAACCAGUUUGGGAAAUAACGGGAGCAGAAUUCACCCAGCACGACGUACACACAGCUAAUGGUAUAUCUAUUCGUUUUCCCAGAGUUACUAGAAUACGUAAUGAUAAAAAUUGGGAGACUGCUACCAACAUUCACGAGUUACAAACAUUGUAUACAACUUCAAAGGAAAAUCUGGAUAUCAGUUUACUUGUUAAUGAUAUGGAUAACUCCCAGAGUCAAAGUGACAAGCAGAAUAUAAUUAAUAAACCAAAGAAGAGAAAAAACUUGGAUGACUGUAUUAAUAAUUCUAGCAGUUCAUCAUCACCCAAAAAGAAACGGAAGAUUUUAGAAAGUGAAAAUGAAGAGACAAGUAGCAGCUUAGCUACAAGUACCUCGAAUAGUUUCACUAAUGAAAUCAAAAGCAUAUUUUCAGGUGUAAAAGCUCUUUUGGAAGAUGAACUCAAAAAGGACAAUCAUGCAAAUGUUAUAAAAAAUUUUAUUGAUUAUGGAGGCGAACUUCUGCUAGACGAAGAACAGGAAGAAGCAACACACGUUUUUCAUUACUACAAUAUAAUUCGUGAGCCUAUUAUCAAAUGUCCCGUUAUUGCUAGACACGUUUCUUACGAAUGGAUCAUGGACUCUAUAGAAGAAGGAGCAUUAAAAAAUCAUAUAAAUUAUACGGUACAAUGGAAUCCAGAUGACUGAAUUUUAAUUCUUUGUUUUAAAAAAACUUUAUUUAUAUUUUUUAAAGUUGGGCAAUUAAUUGCUAUUUUCGACAACCCAUAAUAAACUUUUGUAUUUUAUAAAA